AUGGCUGUUGCGAGCAAUGCAGCGCUUCAAAUUGCCGAGUGUAGCGUCUCGUAUACCAGUAAUGGGGCCCUUCAAAUUGCGCCCUGCCAUCAAUCCACGUUGGUCGCCACUGACAGUAUGGCUGAAGAACCGAAAGCCGAUACCUUACCAGGCGAGGCUCGCUUUCCGCGCUGUCUUCAACUCGAAAGGGACACGGGCAAAAAUGCCGGAGUGAUCGCAGCAGAGCUUUUCCAGAGAGUCUGCAACAUAUCUCCGCCUCCCCAAUGCACCUAUAACAACACGACAGAUGGCUUCAUCGCCUCCCUGGUUUUCAACGAUCGCACAUUCACGUCCUUGCCAUUUCCCGCGAAGAGAGAUGCUCGUUUUGAUUGUUUAAGGCUUGUCAGUGAGGAGCUAUUGAAGAUCAGUCGUAAAAAUGAGAACGAAAAGGAUCUCCCGAUGAUAUUUCAACGGGCCGACACUUUUUCCGAACUCCUGCGUGCACAUACCUAUGCUAUGUUGGACAAGUUAUAUCAGGAAAGUCCGAUCGGCUCUGGUACCGAAAAAGUGGUCGCGUCGAUUUUCAUGCUCGAUCACCAGUUGAAAAAUAUGCAGUGCAUUAGCCUGGCCACCGGCAACAAGUGCAUUACCAGAAACAACAUUGGCUUUGCUGGUCAAGCCGUCGUCGAUUGUCAUGCAGAAAUUCUGGCGCGCCGCGGCUUUCGUCGGUUUCUCUACGCUCAACUAAAUGCUACCGCCAGGACGCCGGAAAAUUCGAUUUUGGAGCCGUCUGGUCUAGGCAAAUGGAAAGUGAGGUCGCACUUUUCUUUCCACCUAUUUAUCAACACAGCGCCAUGUGGAGAUGGGCGUCUAUAUUCAUUGGAACCCGGCUCCGAGGAGGAAGCGGAAGCGCAAGCCCCGUGGAUCGACCGAAACCCCGGGAGACUUCGAUACAAGAUUGAGAAUGGGAUGGGCACCGUUUUGGGGAACGACGAAUUUUGCCAGACAGUCGACAGUUUCGAACGAUUACUCGUUGGCGAGCUGUACACGUCGCGUGUAGACCGUGCCGUUUCCAAACGGCUCCAAGGCUUCCAACCCACCUGGAAGCCUUUCGAACUUAAUCACCCUGCCUGCCUGCCUUGUCAACUGCCAUAUAAUCGUGUCGUGUUUGUCGGCGUGUCAACGGAGAAGGUAUCGGUGAACUGGAACGUUGUCGACGGCUUCCUGGAGGCCAUUACAACAAAUACGGGCCGACGACCGAACGGCGAAGUAUCUCGCUUGGCGCCCUCCUCAUUUUUUGCGCUAUUUCGUGAUGCCCACGACCAUUUGACGGGCCAGAAACUACCAGAAACCGCCUCAUACUCACAAGUCAAGUUGUCGAACGAGACGUACUACCAAUGCAAGAAGGCGAUGAUCAAGCGCCUUGCCGACAGCGGCAUGGGACGAUGGCUGGCCAAACCGCCGGAGCACUCUCAGUUCACGGUCGACAUGCUGCAACCUAUUGUAGCG